UUGGGACACGGUGGUGGUACCUGGAUCAGAACAGAUUGAAAAUCCCUUCUAAAACAUGGCCAGAGUAUUAGGAACUCAUAAUACCGGUAAACUAAUGUUUCUGGAGGGACGAGAGAUCGAGGACGGACGCUGUUGCUACAGGCAGCAACGAAAUAAAUUGAAUAUUGAGUUGUGAGAAAUGACCACAGAACUAUGAUGACAGUCAAGAUAUAAAAACGUCUCUUUGGAAAACUGUACAUAAAAAUGGAAUUUCACCAGCCGGCGAGUUUUUAAAAACACGAAAAACUUUUUAGCGCGUUUAAUCGGCGAUAACAUCGUUAUAAUAAUCUUAACUAGCUAACGGUAAAUCGGAUUAUACACUUGCUUGAAUCGACACCAUCAUUCCCAUUUUGAAGAAACAAGAGACAGUGGCUGUCGUUGGCACGUAGUGGAUAUAACUUGUAUUUCACAUUUGCUAUGACCUGUGAUGGUUAAUGUCUUUUUUCCGUACAUAAAUGUCAGCUUGCUAAUUAGCUACUCUUUGUGGAUAGCGGGCGAAACAAAGCGGAUACUCGCUAGUUAUGUAGCUACAGCUAUAGCCUAUACUGUUUUGACCGCACAGCUAACUUAAACUGAGAUGGCGCUACUUAUCUGUCUUCAGUAACCGAACUCACUGCGACGACGGCUGAAUCGUGAAAGGGUGGCUGUUGGAAAUGUGAAGACGAACGGAGGAUUAAAAAAAACCACUGGGAUUCGGCUUAGAAAUACAGCAUAAUAACAAAAUAUUCGGGUUUAUCAUGCUGUGCAUUUAACUCACAUACCUGGGAGCACGGAAAAUUGUUGAAAUGUCACGUGUGCGUGGAUUGUAAGGACAGUAGGCUAUUAUUAUCCUAUCAAACUCCUCCACUUCCCGUUGAUAUCAAAGCGUAAAGUGAAAAUGUAAAUGUACAACUAUUAUACUUGAUGCCAAAUGUUGAAAGUUGCUUGCCGCAAGUAAAUCAAAGCAUCGCGCCUUGGUGUGUCUUGUGGAAAUAACUGCGUUGGAAUGGCAUGUGGGGCGCAGAAGAAAUUUUAAGGAAGCCGUUUCCGAAGAACAUUAGCCAUGACAGCCGACAACUGAAGAAAGUUGGAGACAGUAACAUGAUUCCAGAAUCAUGACGGAGAAACCGCCAUUAGCAGAAAAGGCUAUGUCGGAGGGGUAUGCGCGUCUCCGUUAUCGCGACACAUCGUUGCUUAUUUGGCAACAGCAGCAACUGGAACUGGAACGGGCGCCCCCGAUAAAUUACCUUAGCCGGAGUCAGACUGCUAGAUACAGCCAGUACGGAAACGAGACCGUAGUAGUACGGGACAAAACUAAGAUCGGGAUCUCUCCUGAUGCCGGACGGUCUAGGAUUUGCACAGUUAUGUAACAAGUUUACUAAGUCACAAAUUAACUGCAAGCUGUAACUACAAUACCAUGUAGUUUGCACAUUGUUUCUGUAUGUUUGGCCGUUUGUUAGGAGGUCAGUGCCUCCUGGUAAAUUCUCAGAGGUCAUUGGUAUAUGUUAAGUAUAAAAACUGCAUGUACUGCAGUAUUCCCAGAAUGGCUAACCGCACAAAGCUAUUAUGUCUUGCAGGUUUACCACGUGCUUUUCAGUACAGUACAGUGACACGAUUCCGUGUAUGUGUUAUAUGCAUUUUCAGUUGUCUAUGUAGUUUUUUUUAUCUGUAUGGUACAAAAAUAGAUAAACACCGUCAGUGUUGCUAUUACGUGCAUUACAGUUUCUGUCUGCCGUGGUCUGAUAUUUCUGUGCGUAUAAAGUACACGGGUGACUAUUAAAGUAGGUUUUUUGAAUGUUUAUAUUUUUUUACACAACUUUGUUAAUAUAUUUUACUUAAUUCACUUCUUGUUUUGUUUUGUACAUAAUGGUGUAUUAUGCACAAUAUCAAAAGGGCCCUGAUCCAAUUCAAUUAUAAGGAGUUGAUUUUAUCAGGAAGCAGAAAUGCUAAAUAACUCUGCAUGGUUUAAAACAAAAACACAGCUUUUCAAGAGAAGAGGGUUGAAUCUCUCAGAUGAGGUGUCUUUGUACAUUUUUAUUAUGAACUAAAUAAUUAAGACUGCUCCGCAGUUAUUAUAGUCUUGAUGUUGACACAACAGUAUUGAGACCAUAUUGCUACAGCACAUUGCAUUGUACUCAGUUGUGCUACAGCACAUUUAGCAGAUGCUUUUAUCUGCAGCAACUUAGAAUAGUGGAAGAAUAAGUGUUAGUCUCAGAAAUAAAAAGUAUGGUAGCACCAAGAAGGCACAGAGGUCCAUUUAUAAUCAAUACGUGUAAAGGUAGCUGAACAAUCCAACAAUUAGUAUUGUAAACAAAAUAAGCACCAUUACUCAGCUAACCUGAUUUAUUGCUAUAUAAUUACUGUUCAAAAAGGAAAUUAGAAAAGAAAGAAAGGAUUGCGAAAGAGGGUCAGGGGAGCCAUGGUACAUUCUGAAGAGAUGGGUCCGCAGUACCAUGCAGUACCAUGAGAGGCAUCAGUUGUAAAGCGCUUUGGAUAAAAGCGCUAUAUAAAUGCAGUUCAUUCAUUCAUUCAUCAUUUACCAUGCAUACUCUAUGUUUAAAAGAACUGGAGCUAGAGCUAAGUAGGCCUAGGCAGGAAUACCAGAAUCAGUUGCUCCAACUCCCAGCUUUUGAACUUGAGUCUGGAAUCACGUGCUGUCAACACGUUGUUUGCGUAUUCUCAACAUGUUGAUGUGUUGUUAGCGUGUAAAAAAAUCUACUCGUUAACCACACAUUAUAAAAGUGUUGAGACUAUGCAGACAACACAUUUACAAGAGUCCACACGUCAAUUGAACGUAUUUUUGAUCCAUUUAGGCUUCCAUACUGGGAAAGGAAGCGAGGACAGAUAAAAUAAGAGAUUGGAAUGAGUCCAGGGCUUCAUUUUUGCAGCUCAAUUCCUGAUCUUGUUGAGAGACUUGCACUAGCACCAGUGCGGUUGGCUCCAGUAUAGGUGUUUCAGCCACCAGUUUCAGUGUAUGUCAAUGGUAACAAUACGAUCAAAUAAGUCAAUAUUUUUUUCCCAUAAUAAAAUGUAGUUACAAUAGGUUUUUUUUCUUUGUCUAAUGUCUCUCCAUGUGCCGAUUUGUGAAGUUAUUGUGUUAGUUGGACAAUAUUUACAAAAUUUUGUGGACGAAUCAGGGACGGUUUGUGCCACUGCUGAGUCACUGUAUCUCACCCAUUUAGUGGACAACCCAGACUUCAUGCUUAUAUAAGGGUUGCCCUUUCCCUACUGCGCAGUCUGAAUCUUUGACAAUUUGUACAACAUGGUGAUUGAUUUUUGCCUUAGCCAUUCUGGUGUGUCUGCCCAGUGGAUUUAGUGUGUUUGACUCUCAUUUGCCCCUCUACUCGCUGUAUAGUGACUCCGGUUAACUACGAGUGUUCGCAACUGGAUUACAGAUCCUUCUAUUUUGUUAUAUUGCUUUGUUAUUUUCCAUUAUUAUUUUUGAAGCUGACUGAGUGGAAUUUAAAAACUCUGUUGGGAGUACACUAUUCUGACUCUUGGUCUCAUCCUGCAGAUUAAGUGUCUCGAAGCUCAGCGUUUAAAGCCACCCCAUACCCAGCAAGCCUUCAAAGACUAGCCAGGCUAGUUAGUUUUGGAUAGGAGUUACUUGUCGGUUUGCAGUAUCAUUUCCUCACUCAUUUCCCUUAUCCUUUUACUUGUUACGGUCUGACCUAGACCUGGUCAUAACAAGUCUGAGUUUGAAAUGGGUAGGAUCUCUGUACUCCAGUACAUUGGGUUUGAAAUAAAACAAUGAAUGAGG